AGAGAAGAAAGAAGAAGAAGAGACUCACUACUACUAGAAGAAGAAGCCAUGGCCUCUCAAUCUUCACCUUCAUCUCCUUCUUCUUCUUCUUCUUCUUCAUCUUCCUUAUCAUCAUCAUCAUCAUCAUCUCCGCCUCUGAUCCCAGGCCUCCCAAACGACGUCGCUUUCUUAAUCCUCUCCUUCAUCCCCUUCUCCCACCACGCCCGCCUCAAACCCACCUGCAAAUCAUGGCGCCUCUUCCUCUCCUCCAAAACCCUCUUCUCUUCCCGCCAAACCCACCGCAGCCUCUCCCACCUCAUCUGCAUCUUCCCCGAGGACCCCGCCGUUGCUGGACCCUACCUCUUCGACCCCCGCCACCUCGCCUGGUGCCCCCUCCCCCCCAUGCCAUGUAACCCCUACGUCUACGGCCUCUGCAACUUCACCUCCGUCGCGAUCGGGCCCCACCUCUACGUCCUCGGCGGCUCUCUCUUCGACGCGCGCUCCUUCCCGAUCGACCGCCCCACGCCGUCGUCGGCGGUGUUCCGGUUUGACUUCACCACCGCCGCCUGGGAGUACCGCGCUCCGAUGCUCACCCCGCGCGGGAGCUUCGCGUGUGCGAAGGUUCCCGAUUCCGACCAAAUCAUCGUCGCCGGAGGCGGUUCCCGCCACACCAUGUUCAGCGCCGCCGGGAGCAGGAUGAGCUCGGUGGAGAGGUAUGAUAUAUGUAGAGACGAGUGGGUGGCCAUGGAAGGGCUGCCGAGCUUUCGGGCCGGGUGCGUGGGGUUCUUUGCUGGAGAUGAGGAGGAGAGGGAGUUUUGGGUGAUGGGCGGGUACGGCCAGGCCAGGACUAUAUCGGAGGUGGUGCCGGUGGACGAGUAUUACCGGAAUGCCGUGGUGAUGGAAUUGACGAGUACGAAUGGCGGGGGCAGGUGGAGGGAGACUGGUGAUAUGUGGGAAGGAGGGGAGAGAAUGAGGCUUGGGAAAAUUGUGGUGGUUGACAAUGAGGUUGAUCCUGCACAACCUGGUGUGUUCAUGCUUGAUGGGAAUGAUAUAUUCAGAUAUGACCUGGCAUCAAAUCGCUGGAGUUUGGAGUCACAUAUUGCAACUCAUCAUUUGCGUUCGUUGUAUUGGAGGGAGACUUGUAUAGUUGUAUGUCAUAACCUUCUGGAAGACAGUUGAGCGAUUGCAUACGAGGGCAGGAAGGCUUUACAUCCAAAUCUAUGAUCCUCAGCAGAGGACAUGGAGAUCUCUCCUUACCAAGUCACCUUUCCAUUAUGACUUGGAUUUCAAUGCAGCAGUUAUGAGCACCAUUCACUUGUGAAGUUUAAUUGUUUGUAUGUUGUGUGAAUGUGGACGAAAAUACCAAUUGAUAUGCAGAUCAUUGUGUAUAGGGAUUCACUGGUUCAUCAUUGCUACUGGCAUAUUUGUAGUCAUUGUGCCACAUAGUGGAGUGAAGUAGGACUCUAUUGAAUUUGAAUGGAUGAGUUUCAUAUAUCAAUAUAGAAAUAACAUUUCCCCCUGUAUUUAUCAAUCUUUACUAUUA